AUGAGGCCCCUGAAAUAUGAGCAACUUCUCCGCAUUGAGGACCAUGAUUUUGCAAUGAGACCUGGAUUUGAAGGAGGGCCAUUACCAGUGGGAAUAGAUGUCCAGCUUGAAAGCACUGCCAGCAUUUCAGAGGUUAACAUGGAUUUUACGAUGACUUUUUAUCUCAGACACUAAUAGGAUUACUGGAAAGAUGAAAAGCUCUCCUUCCCUAGCAUGACAAACAAAAGCAUGACUUUUGAUCAUAGAUUGAUCAAAAAGAUUUGGGUGCCUGAUACCUUUUUUGUCUAUUCUAAAAGAUCCUCCAUCCACGAAAUGACUGUGGAGAACACCAUGCUGUGUAUACACCCUGAUGGCAACGCCCUCUUCAGCCUCAGGAGAGGAGAGCUGAUGACUGUUUCAGCCAUGUGCUUUAUGGAUUCCAGCAGGGUUCCUCUGGACAGGCAAAAUUGUUCCCUUGAAUUGGAAAGCUAUGCCUACAAUGAAGAGGAUCUCAUGCUUUACCGGAGAAGUGGAAACAGGUGCUUAAAUACCGAUGAGCAUAUUUCCCUUUCUCUAAUCACUGAGGAGUUCAGUGCAUCCAGUGGAUUUGCCUUCCACAGCAGCACAGAGCAGGGGGAGGUGGAGAAGCCCUUAGUGGCGGUUGGAGCCAGCAGCUGCCACUUGCUCCCGCUGACAGUGCAGAGCGAUCGGGACUGGCACCGGAUGCCCUCAAUGGCAGGAAUCACCACGGAGCUGACCAUGCCCACCGGCGUCCCUGGAGUGAGCGCCUCCAGGCACGUGUCCUACAUCAGGGCCCUGCACGCACCCCGGGGUCAGCUCCCUCUUUGCGUCCCGGUUGAGUUUGCAGUACGGAGCUACCUCACCGCAGGGGAAGAGCGGGAACAGCUCAGCAAGACAGGGAGGAUUUCUGGACUGUACAGUGUUAAGGCGAUGGCCUUUGAUGGAUGUUACCAUGACAGUGAGACUGACAUGGCCCAGGCUUCCUUUUCUCUCCACGCGGAGGAAGCCUUAGUCACAGGCAGCCCCAGCGCAGGUCCGUCUGGAUAAAGGGAAGAAGAUCCCUGGGGGCACGUUGGUAGAAUCACUCUGGAGAACAGCCAUGUCAUUGACACCUGUUCACGGAUUUUAUUUCUCAUUGUGUCUAUUACAUUUAAUUUGUUUUACUGGGGUAUAUAUGAGUGA